CGUUGUAUUGUUGUUGCGAAAUUGGUGAAAAUGAGUGGCAUUGAUGUUAACAAGGAAUUGUUAAUAGCGUUGAUUGAAGAAAGGCCAGUAUUAUGGGAUAAAGGUGAUGAAACAUACAAAGACAGAAAUGCUACGAAGGAAGCUUGGAAUGAAGUUUGUUUGGGGCUGAAAGAAGAUUUCAAAACAUUGAAAGACUCAGAAAGAAAUGUAUUUGUAAAAGAAGUUCUAAAAAUAUGGAGAAAUAUCAGAGAUGCUUACGCUAGAACUCGCAGAAAAAUAAAUAAAGACAAAACGAGCGGAGCUGGGGCGUUCUUUACGAGGAAAUACUUGUAUGCUGAACAAUUGCAGUUCUUGUCUAAACUGCACUGUGAGCGUGAGACACCAGACAGCUUAGAUAGUGACAAAUCCGCCGAGGAAAACUCUGAUUUACCACCUGCCGACCAGGAACCCUCCGGAUUAGAAACAAAUGAUCAGGAAGCUGCAUGUUUUAAAAAGCCAUCUCCCAGAAUGGGAUCGAAAAAACGUCGCGAUCGCGAGCCAGAUCAUGUAGAAAUGAGAAUGUUGGCAGCGCUGGAAAAUGAAACACCAAACAGGCACUUGUCUUUCUUUAAAGGUGUUAUUCCUUCCCUUGAGAAAUUUGACGAUGAUGAAGUCAUAGAAUUUCAGAUGGGAGUGUUGCAACUUGUGAGCAACAUCAAACGACGCAAGCGAAUGAACACCUCCCAAUGUGGCUCAAUGUCCACAUGUGAAGGGCGACACUGGGACCUACAGCAACCGUCUCCACAGGAGAAUUUCAGAAGAGUGACAACACCAUCACAACAGUGUGCAUCUAAGUGCUAUCAGAAUUUCGGCAGCCAACUCACUCAACUAACUCCUGUUUCCUACACUGAAAGGUGUCCUUCCCCUGCGUCGUCUACCUGUUCUAACUCUACCUGUUCCGAUUCAUUUGAUUUCUGCUCAUAAUAACUUGCAGACAAGACACUUUUUAGUUGGUACUUUUGUAACUUAAAAACAUA